GAUGAUGCUGUUAGUAUAGAAAGUGGUACUAACACUGAACGCCCUGACACCCCAACAAACACUCCCAAUGCACCAGGAAGAAAAAGCUGGGGAAAAGGAAAAUGGAAAUCCAAGAAGUGCAAAUACUCCUUUAAAUGUGUAAAUAGUCUGAAGGAGGACCACAGUCAGCCAUUGUUUGGAGUCCAGUUUAACUGGCACAGUAAGGAAGGAGAUCCAUUAGUGUUUGCCACUGUAGGCAGCAACAGAGUUACUUUAUAUGAAUGUCAUUCCCAAGGAGAAAUCCGUUUAUUGCAGUCUUACGUGGAUGCUGACGCAGAUGAGAACUUUUAUACUUGUGCAUGGACCUAUGAUAGCAAUACAAGUCACCCUCUUCUGGCUGUGGCUGGGUCAAGGGGUAUUAUUAGAAUAAUUAAUCCCAUUACAAUGCAGUGCAUAAAGCACUACGUGGGUCAUGGAAAUGCAAUCAAUGAACUGAAAUUUCAUCCAAGGGAUCCAAAUCUCCUCUUGUCUGUAAGCAAAGAUCAUGCACUGAGACUGUGGAACAUCCAAACAGAUACGUUGGUUGCAAUAUUUGGAGGAGUAGAAGGGCACAGGGAUGAGGUCUUAAGUGCAGUAAGUGGAAAACUGUAGGGUAGUGCCUUCAGCCUUAUGUACGGGAAUCCCAAUAUCUCUCUCUUUUUGAAUCAUGUUUAGGCUUAAAUAUUGUGCAUAGCAAACCCAAAGUACAUGAAUUGAACACUUUAACACAUUUAGGCUAAUAUAAUUCUAAGAUUACACAACAUCAGCACUAAAAUACUUCCCAGUCCAUAAAA